GGGUGGAAUUAUUUUCUUCUGCAUUCCAAUCUUUUCACAUUAACGUGAUUUGUUUUCCAAAGUUAAUGGCUUUUGUGGAGCAAGGAGGACAAAGUGGAGAUCUUUUCUCAUGUUGGAGUGCUCGGUUUGUGGUUUUUCUGACUCCCGGUAAGCUUUGCUAGAAAGGAGCAUAAAGUACAUUUCAAGACAUCCUUCCAAGACUCUCAUAUUCUCAAGAAUGCAGGAUUUCAUAUGACAUAAUGUAUUUAUUCCUCCAAUUAUUAUGAAGAACAAAUGUUAAUGCUAGGAGAUUCUCAUCAGAAUCCAGUGCAACCUUACACUGAUUCACUUAAAGAUAUUUUCCAGCAGACAAUGCUCCAGCAGGAGAUUGCAUUUAGAAAUCAGGUCCAUGAACUCCACAGGUUGUAUGGUAUUCAGAAGACCAUAAUGAAGGAUAUUGGUCCCCAGACGCUUGAAACAUAUGGUGCAAGAGCAACUGCACAACCACUGGCAUGGGAGACCGGAUUUCCCUCACAUUCCAUAAACUUGGUUGGCCCUCUCAGGCCAGCAGGCCAGGAAUUGCUUGAAGGGUAUGCAGGCAAUUACUCUGAAUUUAAGCCAAGGCCUAUUGAUCUUCAACUUUCAGCUGAUCAGUAUGUUAGCCAUGUUGACAGUGGAAACACUGCAAAUCACCUAAAAGAAAUUCCAGAUUUGAACUCUCCUUAUCUAGGCGAUGGUUCAGAUUUACCAGAGUUGAGGCUUUCCCCGAAUCUUGAAGUGGAUAACAGGAGAGAGGAAAUUACCAGAACAAAUUCGCUUAACCAGAAAACCAGUUCUUGCUCCCCAGUUGUCAUUGAUUUGGAAGAAUCAGAUGACGUGAUAUCAAUUAUGGAUUCUAAACGUGGGUUUCCUUUUGUUCUUGCCGUUCCUACAAAUUUUGGAGGAAAGCAUGAUUCACAGGUUACUAUCCCAUCUGACCCAUUGAUCUUUGGAGGCAUGAAGAAAGAUGCUUCUCAUGCUGUAGCUGAGAGUAGCUAUUUUUUGCAGGAAAGCAAAUCCUGUCAAGAGCUGAAGUCUUCAACACAAGGACAUAUUGAUUGCCAUGGUAGCAUGCACAACAAUCUGUCCACCAGUAAGCAACCUCAAAUUUCAUGUGAAGUUGGGCAUAUUGACCUUAACAAAGCUCAGUUUGAUGACUCGUCUUGUUUCUCUAAUGAUCCUGUGGUGGCUCACCCAUGCAAGGUCGUAAGACAUUCAACAUAUGAGAAGGCAGAAGAAGCAGAUGAUACAGUAUUUUUAUGUUCUGAUCAAAGCCAAGUUACAGUUGAAGAACGUGGCAGCAAUUCCUUUGAUAAGCAUUCCAGCAUUGCUGAUAAUGAUUCAAGCAGUGGAAAGAUUAUGCAAUCAUCCGGGAAUCCAACCCAUCCAGCUUCUGAUCAGUUUUCAGGAACCAAUGUAGGAGCAGAAGCCCUAGAAAAUAUCAUGGGUGAGCAGGACCAAAGAUCUUCAGGAAGAAGUGAACUGAAAGCUGAUUUCAACAAGAAAGAAGAAUUGCAUGAAGUGAAUGUUCUGAUGGAACAAGCAGCUCAAUCGCUCAUCCAAAUCUCCAUGGAGAAUUCAGCUUGCAAUCAAAAUCUCUCAACAAAGGCUGGGUCCAAUGAGAUGGAGAAUGAGGAGCAACCACAAUGUUCUUCUGACUCUUAUGAGCUAAUUGCUCUGAAGUUAACUGAAAGCAGUGUGGAUGACUAUUCUGUUUCAUCAAAGCCUUCUGAAGUCAGCGAUUCUGAGAGAAAAGAUUAUAGUUUCAAGUUGAGAAGAGGACGGAGAUUGAAGGACUUUCAACGGGACAUACUUCCUGGUCUUUCAUCUCUUUCUCGACAAGAAAUUCGUGAAGACAUAAAUAUCCUGGAGGCAGUUCUAAGAUCAAGAGAGUACAAGAAAAUGAGAUCAAAUAUGGCAAAUGCAGAAACUUGGUCUGCACCACUAAGAAGCAGGAGAUCGAAAGUGAGUUACGGUGGAAGAAGAAAGUCUAGAUGAUAUGGCAGCUCCAGAAUUGGUUUCCAAUUCCGUACAUUUUUAACUACAAAUAUUCACUGAUUUUAGAAACAUUUACCUUACAUUUUGAGAUGAUUCUAUCUGUUUUUCUCAUCUCUAUUUAUGUUCUCAAAGUUUGACAAAUGUCUAAUAUGGUU